AACACAAAGUAGAUCCCAUUAUUCCCUUUUUUUUAUUCAGGCCAACUGAAUCCAGUGAAGUGAGAGCACCGGCAAGAAGAAGCAUACAGUAACUGAUUAUAUAAGCAGCGAUGAGGAGUCUCGCUUCCUUGAGACCAAUGCUACCAUUUCUACGAUCUGCAGCUGAGUCUGCAACUACUACUUGUUCUCUCGCAUUGUUUCAAUUCGAUGCUCAUUUUCUUAUGUUCUCCACUAAACCUAACCCCAAACACCCCUAUGUUCCUCAUUUUCCCAAUACACCUCAUGCGCUACUUCAGCAAUUACUGUAUGAGAAAUCCAAGGUUGGUUUCGAUAAACUCGACGAUGCUCUCCAAGUGUUUGAUAAAAUGCUCCUUAUGAAGCCUAUGCUUCCUGUUCUUAAAUUUAAUCAACUGCUAGCCGCCCUCGUUAAAAUGAAAGAGUACUCUGUAGCUGUGUCUCUCUUUAGGGAUAUGCGUGUUCGAAGCAUCCCCCUUAAUAUAUAUACCUUCACUACUGCCAUUAACUGUUUCUGUCACUUGAAUCGUGUCGAUUUUGCCUUUUCACUAUUGGCUGGAAUCAUCAAGCACGGUUUUGUGCCAAGUGUGGUGACUUAUACCACUCUCAUCAGGGGCCUUAUUUCCCAAGAUAUGCUUCAAGAGGCUCAGCUUUUGUUCCAGAACCUCAUCAGAUUUCAACUUAUUCAACCCAAUGUUGUAACCUAUAACACAAUCAUCGACGGCAUCUGCAAGAGAGGGAAUCCUUCGGUGGCUGUUAAGUUGUUCAAAAAUAUGGAGAAGAAAGGUUGCAAGCCUGAUACCGUAACUUACACCACACUUAUUGAUUGUUUGUGUAAACAUAGAUUAGUUGAUCAAGCAUUGGGUCUUCUCCACCAAAUGACAAGGAAAGGCAUAUCCCCAGAUGUCAUAACCUACAACUCCUUAGUUCAAGGUCUGUGUGACAUUAAUCGAUGGCAUGAUGUCAAACAAUUGCUCAAGGAGAUGGAUGUUAGGAACAUUUCUCGAGAUGUUUUUACUUACAAUAUAUUGGUUGAUGCGUAUUGCAAGGAAGGAAUGAUUGAAGAUGCAGAGGAUGUGAUAGAGUUGAUGAUUCAAAGAGGCCAUUAUCCUGAUGUAGUCACUUACAGCUCACUAAUGGAUGGAUACUGCUUGCGGGGAAAGGUUGAUAAAGCAUUAGUAGUGUUCGAAAGCAUGACUAGAAAGGGAAUACUGCCUAAUACUCUUAGCUAUAAUAUUCUGAUCAACGGGUACUGUAGAAAGAAGAAAGUGGACAGAGCAAUAGCUCUUUUUCAACAUAUGCCCUCUGAAGGUUUAGCCCCAACUAUUGAGACUUACAGUACUAUACUGCAAGGUUUUUUUCAUGCGGGUAGACAUGUUGAAGCACGUGAAUUUUUUAAGGAAAAGAUGAUUAACCAAGGUGUUGAGUUAAAUAAAGUGACAUGCAGUAUCUUGUUGCAUGGUCUUUGCCAGAAUUGUUAUGUAUUUGAAGCACUAUCCUUUUUUCAAAUACUGGAAUCCCGUGGGUUAGUUCCUAAUGUACAUGUUUACACUAUUCUGAUUAAUGGACUAAGCAAAAAUGGACAUCUCGAGAAUGCAAGAAGCCUUUUUGACAACCUUCCUGCGAAAGGUUUGCGACCUAAUGUCAAGACAUACACAGUGAUGAUCCAAGCAUAUUGUCAUGAAGGGUUAUUGGAUGAAGCAAAUGAACUAUUCAGGGAAAUGGAAGCUAAUGAUUGCUUUCCUAAUGAUGUCACAUACAACAUGCUUAUCCGCGGUUGUUUACAGAAUAAGAAUUACUAUGAAGCAGGUGUACUCCUAGAUGAAAUGUUUGGUCGCGGCUUUGCAGCAGACGCAUCUACUGCAUCUGGUUUACUGGAUUUACUUGAUGUGCAAGAACAGGAUCCUACUCUGCUUGCAUUGUGCAAGAAGUACUUGCUGUAGGUGUAACGAAGGAGAGAGUUCUGAGGUACAUAAUCUUCUCGAUUUUGCCAGCAUUUUUGUAGGUUUAAAAGCAACUAUUGAGAGUUACAGUACAUAUUGUAAUGUUAUUUUCUCACAUGCAGACAUGUGCGGAAUUUUUUUUAGUAGAUAUAAUAAGUGUCCUACUUAAAUCACAAGAACAGGAUCCUGCUUUUCUUGCUCUGCAUAAUAAGUAUUUUCCAUUUGUCUAACAGAGUGAGAGAUUGCUAAGACUUCUCAGUGCAUUACAGAAACCUUCAUCUGGCCAGUGCUCGCAAAUAAAGAACUUGAACGGCUGAUCAGACUAGUCAGCCCAGGUCUUUAAUGUCAGCUGGGUGGAACUUUUUUGUUGUUUUUUAUAGAAUAAGAUGCAAGAUUAAGGCAACACAGUGGAACCUAUUUGUGUACAUUCCUCAAGUUUUCCAGCGGUAUUCAGCUCGUAACCUCAAGUUUCCCUGGUAUGCUUUUCAUAAGUUUUUGAAAUUCUAUGCUCUAGUUGACAAUGCUGAAAUAUUCAGCUUCAGUUUGCUAUACGAAUAAAAUAAAUAAUAAAACACUCCAAUCUAAUAACUCAAGUUCUAAAAGAAAAACCAGCAUAUGAAUCUGACAUCCCGGAUCUCUAAGGGCGAUCCCCCAAGUAAGUUCUUAAACAUAUAAUAAGAUGUUUAAAUUAAAGCAGAUUAGGAUAUUAUAUUAAAUUACAACUCGAACAAUUCUUGUACUCUUUGCUAUUAUUAUAUGUUUAAAAUCAACCUCUAUUAGAAAGAAAAAAAUUUGAAAAAAGGAGGGAAGAAAGUGAAAAAGAAGAAAAUAAACAUUUUAUUCUUGAGCAUAAUAAAUUUAACUUACAAUAGAUUAGGAUUUAUACUUCCUCCGUCCCAUUCAUUUGUAUAUAGUUUCUAUUUUGGGACGUCCCCCCAUUGUAUACAUUCCAUAAAUAGUAAAUAUUUAUAAUAUAAAACAUCAUUAUACUAACUACUUUCUUCCACCAUCUCCAUUUUAUAAUAAUAUAAACACUAUUACACUAACUAAUUUCCUCCACCAUCUCAAAUCUAUUAUUAAAUAUAAAUGAGUCCCACCACUAUACUCACUUUUUAUCAACUUUACUCAUUUUUUACACUUUUUCUUGGUCUCCGUGUCCCAACCAAAUGUAUAUAACUGGUUAGGACGGAGAGAGUACUAAAUUACAUACAACAAUUCUUGUACUCCCUAUUAUUAUUGUAUAUAUUUAAAAUCAAACUCUAUUACAAGAGAAAUAAUGUGGAGGGAAAAAUUGAAAAGAAGAAGAAAAUGAAUAUUUUAUUCUUAAACAUAAGAUGAGGAAGUGCUAUUUUUUAAGGAAUGAAUUUAGAUAUUCUAACUCGUUAAGAAAUAAUUAGGAUGUAGUUUGGAGUGAUAUUUGAAAAUAUCGAAAUCUUUUCAAUUAUAAUUUGGAACUGCUACCUUUUAAGGAAUGAAUUUAGAUAUCCUAACUUGUUAGGAAAUAAUCAGGAUGUAGUUUGGAAUAAAAUUGAAAAUAUCAUAAAUAUUAAAUUAUAAAUUGGUACAUCGUAUAUAAUCUUUUCGGGAUGCUCUUAUCCGUCCAUCCUCAAUAUGUGUAAUUUUAUGUGUUGGGUCUGGAGAAUAAAUUUUAAAAAGUCGAUAAGCAUUGCCUAUAUAUUAAAAAAUAACAAGCCAUAAUAUUUAAAUUAAGUCAUUUAAUCAAUAUAAGUUCAUAAGAGCAAGCGUAACAAACAUCCUGUUCCCAAACAAGUCCUCGAGAUUGAGCACGGAGACUCCUAUAUGGAGCUAUAAAUAAAUAUCACAAUAAGCUUAAAUAACUGCUUUAUCAGAAGAAGAUAUAAUUAGCCUAAACUUUAAGCAUCAAGUCACAAGCUCAUAGUGACACUGAGAAACAUUGAGAUAUAAUUUGCUUGAAGCUGAUGCUUAUUCCUAAUUUCUUACUGUGUUGGUUUCUCAUUCUGGUAAUUAUAAUUUCUUAACAACUAAUAAUCUCAUUACGGUGGUUUACAUGUUUCUUGCUAACAAAACAUAUCAUUGUGUAAAGUACUUAACUCAUCUCAGUUGAUACUGUUAAAGCAAUCCCACAAAAUCAGCAUAUCACUUAAAGUACAGAUAUGAUAUUAUAUGAAUUCAAAAAUAGCUUUAGUUUAGGAUCAGUUUUGAUUCUACAGUAAUUGCUUCAGUUUACUGUACUUGUUAAUAUCUCAUGUAAUGUCGCCUGUAAUGUCGCCUAUGAUAGCUAUUGGUAGUCUGCUAUAUAUUGUACACAUUAUACAUCAAUGAGAUAUAGGAAAAUACAUUUCUACAUGGUAUCAGCCUAGGUUUAGAAUCAAAUCUCCUCCCUUUUCUUUCUCUUCGCAUCAUUGCUCAUCAUGGCUUCUGCAUUUUCUUCUCCUACUUCUUUUCCUUCUCAAAACACAGCUCAAUUCACCAAACUCAUCGAAACAAAUUACCUAAUUUGGCUGAGACAAAUCAAGCCCUAUCUUCAUGGUGCCAAAUUCUGGGGAUACAUUGAUGGCUCUAUACCAGAACCAUCUCACACCGUCAUGACUGCUGCGACUCCAACAGAACCUGCAAAAGAAAUUCCCAACCCAAAAUAUGAGGAUUGGUUCAUCAUAGAUCAACAAAUAGUCAGUCUUAUUACUACUUCUUUGUCUGAAAGCGUCUCGCAACUCACAAUUGGCUUUGACACCUCGAAAGAAAUCUGGGAAUGCUUAGCUAAUCACUUCUCACAACGUUCUGCUGCUAGUGCAUCCAGUCUCAAGCUUCAGCUACUCGAGCUCAGUAAAGGUUCUCAAUCAAUCGAUGAUUAUCUUCGACAUGCUAAGUCACUUUCUGAUCAAUUGGCAGCCAUUAAAAAGCCUAUCUCCGAUGAAGAUCUGGUACUUGCAACACUUCAUGGACUUGGACCAGACUACCUCAUGCUCCGCACUGCUCUAUCACAACACUCUUCUCUUCCCAAUUUUACUGAGUUACGUGCUCGCAUCUUAGCCUUUGAUGCCCAAAAACCACAUAAGCAGGAACAAGGAACAGAAACGGCUUUGUUUCAUGGUAGUAAUACUCGCCGUGAAAAUCAACCUCAGAAAAAUAAUUCAAAUGGUCGAAACUUCAACAGAUCAAGAAGCUACAAUUCAGGCCGCAACUUUUAGCAACAACAGACACCACUGUUCCAGCAGCCGUAUUCUCCACUUAGACCAUACUCGUCUCCAUGGGCUCCUCGCCCUCAACCAUCCAAUGGAAUAUUGGGCCCAGCUCCAAUGUGGUGUUCCAAUUGUCACACAAACCAGCACGGACAACAACAAUGCCCUCACAAGUUCUUAGGCCCAACGACAGUUGCACCCUUCGCCGGAGCCCAUUUUGCUGCAGACCCAAAUUGGUACCCAGAUACUGGCGCCACCCAUCAUAUGACCUCCAUGCUUGUCAACAAUCCUCAAGAAUUCAGUGGCCCUCAUAAUGUUUAUAUGGGUAACGGGAACUCAAUGCCCGUUUCUCAUACUGGUAACCUACCAAUUUCUUUGGGAUCUUCUCACUUUUCUUUGCAAAAUAUCUUCCACAUUCCUUCUAUUCGUAAAAACUUGUUAUCUGUUGCUCGUUUUACUAAAGAUAAUCAAGUCUUCUUUCUCUUUGCCCCUGAUUUUUAUCAGAUAUAUUGCUUACAAACUGGUCGUUUAUUAUUUCAGGGCCCUUGUAAGGACGGGUUAUAUCAACUUCAGUUGUCUUCCACCUCUUCUACUCCACAAGCUCUUGCUACUAUACACUCUUCCAUCUGGCACAAUCGUCUUGGUCACCCCUCAUCUGAUGUCUUGUCACGUUUAAGUCCUAGUAUUGGCUCUAAAAUUUCUUUUCAUGAAAUCUGUCAUGAAUGUGCUCUUAGCAAGUCUCACAAAUUGCCUUUUGAAAAUAAUACAUCUUAUGCUGAUUCCCCUUUUUUUUGUUAUCCAUAGUGAUGUAUGGUAUUCAUCAACUUCUUCAACCUCUGGAUUUAAAUAUUAUGUACUUUUCACAGAUGAAUUUUCUCGCUAUACAUGGAUAUAUCCAAUGCAUAGGAAGAAUGAAGUACUUACUCACUUUAAAACAUUGGUUGCAAAAAUUCAAAAUCUCUUUGGCAUCACCAUUAAAUUUCUACAAAGUGACAAUGGGAAUGAAUAUGUCAAUCAUGAAUUCACUAGAUAUUGCAACUCACUGGGAAUUCAACAACGUUUCUCAUGUCCUCACACUCCUCAACAAAAUGGGUUAGCCGAGAGAAAACACCGACAUAUAGCAACCAUGGCCCGUAACCUCCUACGUACUUCUAGUGCUCCACACAAACUUUGGGAAGCUGUUUUAACAUCCGUAUAUCUUAUUAAUCUCCUUCCCACCUCUGUCUUAAAUUGGGAUACUCCACAUCAUUGUCUUUAUGGUAGUCAUCCUUCAUACUCUUCCCUACGAGUCUUUGGGUGUUCUUGUUAUCCAUAUCUUGGUCCAUAUGUUUCUGAUAAAUUAUCCAGUCGGAGUAUUGAAUGUGUCUUCCUGGGAUAUAGUCCACAACAUAAGGGUUAUAGAUGUCUUGAUCCCAAGACUAGUCGUCUUUAUGUGUCCAGACAUGUCAUUUUUAACGAAACUUGUUUCCCUUACAAAAAUAUGCAGGUACAGGCACCUGGUCCAUUGGAAUUUGCUCUUUUACCGAGCCCAGCCUCUUUCUUGAGGCCAUCAGAAGGAUUUUCACAUCCAGAUCACAUUACUCCAUCCACAGAGUCUUCUCCCCGCACUAAUGAAGUGUCUCAAUCACCAUUAUUGCCAGCUACUAAUUCAGUUGCACAAACUUCAAAUGAUCCACCACCUGUGCUCACAUAUCAACGUCGUAAUAAAGCUACAACUGUCUCAAUUCCGACAUCGGUGACAACAGAAACCACGACGACAUCUGAAUCAGCCCCAACAGAGGCUCAAAUGCUCCCUCUUCCAUCUGCUCAACACCCAAUGAUAACUUGUUCUAAAGAUGGCACACUUCCGCAGAACAAACGUUAGGCUACAGCUGUAAAACAUCCCCUUCCUCAGGCUCUUCAUACCGCUGUGGAAAAUUCUGAACCAACAUGUUAUACAGAGGCUUCUAAACAUGAAGUUUGGCGCAAUGCUAUGACAGAGGAAGUUAAUGCACUGAUGAAAAAUCAGACUUGGACUCUUGUGCCUCCAUCACCAUCUCACAACACAAUCGGCUGCCAAUGGGUGUUUCGUACUAAGCGUAAUCCGGAUGGCACAAUUGAAAGGUAUAAAGCUCGGCUUGUUGCCAAAGGUUUCCAUCAACAACAAGGCAUCGAUUACGAAGAAACAUUCAGCCCAGUUAUCAAACCGGCCACUAUAAGGACUGUCCUUAGUCUUGCGCUUUCUCGGGGAUGGGCACUUCGACAAUUAGAUGUCAAAAAUGCAUUCCUACAUGGAUUACUAAAGGAGGAAGUUUACAUGGCUCAACCCCUGGUUUUGUUGAUCCAUCUAGACCCAAUUAUGUUUGCAAGCUCCACAAGGCGCUAUACGGUCUAAAACAGGCCCCCCCGUGCUUGGUUUCGCCGUAUGAAAACUUUCCUCAAAUCUGCUGGUUUUGUUCAAAGCUUAGCUGAUCCCUCACUCUUCAUAUUCCGUCAUAACAACCAUACAAUCUACUUUCUGCUAUAUGUGGACGACAUAGUGAUUACGGGCAGCGACAAUAACCUUCUGGAAAGAUUCAUUCAUGUACUUGGUCGUGAAUUUGACAUCAAAGACUUGGGUCCUUUGAAUUAUUUUCUUGGCUUACAAGUAAGUUAUCAAAAUGAUGGACUACAUAUUGGUCAGCUUAAGUAUGCUCAUGAUCUUCUAGUCAAGCACGAUAUGCUGCUUUCUAAACCAGUAAGUACUCCCAUGUCAGCAAAAACUACUCUCAGUUCUGAUGAUGGCGACAUACUUGCCAAUCCCACUGCCUUUAGGGAAAUUGUUGGUUCUCUUCAAUACUUGACGAUAACUCGUCCUGAUAUUGCCUAUGCAGUUAACUCAAUUUCCCAGUUCAUGAGUCAUCCGCGCACUUCUCAUUUACUAGCUGCGAAGCGCAUACUUCGAUACAUCAAGGGUACUCUUAAUCAAGGCCUGUUCAUUCGUCCCCAGUGUCAACCACUGCAUAUCAGUGCUUAUUCUGACGCAGAUUGGGCAGGCUGUCCAGAAACUCGCAGAUCAACAUCUGAUUAUCUUUGUUAUAUCGGCACUAAUCUGAUCUCUUGGUGCUCCAAAAAGCAACCUACAAUUGCUCGCUCAAGUGCUGAAUCUGAAUACAGAGCCCUUUCACAUGCUAGUGUAGAAACCACUUGGUUGGCUUUCUUACUACACGAACUUGGAACUAAGGUGCAGUUUCCUAUCCUUCUUCACUGUGAUAACUUAAGUGCAACAUACAUGGCCUCUAACCCAGUUUUUCAUGCCCGGACCAAACAUAUUGAAUUAGAUUACCAUUUUGUUCGCGAAAAAGUUGCUGCUGGUAGUCAUCGUGUGUGUUACAUUCCAUCUGUUGAUCAACCAGCUGACCACCUUACCAAGCCUCUUCAUAAACACCGACAUUCUCUUCUCACUCACAAACUUUUCCAUCAAAGAUCGUCCAGUUUGCGGGGGGAUGUUAAAGCAAUCCCACAAAAUCAGCAUAUCACUUAAAGUACAGAUAUGAUAUUAUAUGAAUUCAAAAAUAGCUUUAGUUUAGGAUCAGUUUUGAUUCUACAGUAAUUGCUUCAGUUUACUGUACUUGUUAAUAUCUCCUGUAAUGUCGCCUAUGAUAGCUAUUGGUAGUCUGCUAUAUAUUGUAUACAUUAUAC